AUGUUCAUCCUCAACUGGUUCUGGGACAUUCUCUCCCAGCUCGGCCUCAUGAACAAGAACGCCAAGCUCCUGUUCCUCGGCCUCGACAACGCUGGCAAGACCACCCUCCUCCACAUGCUCAAGAACGACCGCCUGGCAACCCUCCAGCCCACCCUCCACCCCACUUCGGAGGAGCUUGCCAUUGGCAACGUCCGCUUCACCACCUACGACCUCGGAGGCCACAUGCAGGCCCGCCGUCUCUGGCGCGACUACUUCCCCGAGGUUGACGGCAUUGUCUUCCUUGUCGACUCGGCCGACACCGAGCGCUUCAACGAGAGCAAGGCUGAGCUCGACUCGCUUCUCUCGAUCGAGGCCCUCGCCAACGUUCCCUUCCUCAUCCUCGGUAACAAGAUCGACGCCGGCGGCGCCGUCUCGGAGGAGGAGCUCCGCCACUCGCUCGGUCUCUACCAGACCACCGGCAAGGGCAAGGUCCCUCUCCGGGACAUCCGCCCCAUCGAGGUCUUCAUGUGCUCGGUCGUCAUGCGCCAGGGCUACGGCGAAGGCUUCCGCUGGCUCAGCCAAUACGUGGGUCUGAAGACUGCGUUAUAUUUAAAUGCCAAUCCCUCCCCCUCCUCCAGCGCGUGGCUUAGAGGCGUGUCGGCGUCGAGAGGUCCGAGGGUCCCGAGGUCCGACGCUACCCAGACGGACCCACCCUACGACGAGCCCAUAAUUCCUGCCGAUGACAUGAUGCAUCCUGAUCGCAUAAUGUCGUCUACGUAUGUAGUGGAACGGGUGAACAAGAAGGAAGAGCAGGAGAACGACUGA